AUGGAGAAGGGGGAUAACAUUCUGGAUGUCAUAUACGAGGAGGAUGACUUAAGUGAUGUUGAUGGCGAUGUUGACAUGGCUGAUGUUGAAGAAGGGGAGUUGGUGGAGCCUGAUUCCCAAAAUGUUUUGGCACAAAGCAGUGCCGGAGAUGUCAAUGAAGCAAAUCAAGAACCUCUCAGUAAGAACCGCAAGCGCAGAGCUAACAAGAAGAAAAAUAAGAAGAAGAAGAAGGGUUCAGGACCUAAUGCCACGGACAUAAACAGAUUUGUUCUAGACACGUGUCGACAAUUAAAAGAGAAAAAGUCAUACAUGGUAUACACUGCUGUGGGCUGCCUUGGGGUCUCUGCAUUAAAUGAUCUUGUCAAUGAGGUGAAUGCAAUACAGGCUUGUGGAGGCCAGAAAACAGCUGAUGGUAGACGAUUUCGGACAGGGGGUGGCAUAUUGUGGAGCAUCUUAAAAGUUAGGGAACCGAAGGUCUUUAAAGAGAUAAUGAAAAAAACAAAGGAGUUUGAGAAACAAUUCAGGCAGCCUAAUGUGACGCAACGAACUGUGCCAAAGAAAGAGGAUUCUUCUCAAGGAGUGCCCUAUUCAUUUUCUGGCAGGGAUCAUGGAAAUGUUUCGGGCAGUGAUAUUCUUGCAUCCCAGCUGCAAAAUCAACAUGAAGCAGCAACUUCUGAAGAAAAACCUAUAUCUGAUCGUUCUGUUCAUGAUAGGUUAAGGAUACCAGUAUCAUAUGAUGAUGAUCUUCUGGGAGAGACUCCAGUCAAUGAUGCAACCUGA